AUAAAUAUAGAAAAAAAGUUUUUUAUUUUUAAUUUUUUGUUUGUUUUUGGAGAAUGUCGGAAAGUUCAAGCGCGGACGUGGAGGGAGAGAGCGGCAGAGAAAGCAGCAGCUCCGAUGGAAACGCAACAAGCACAUUAAAUCAAAAUUCGCUGCAAGAUGAACGUGUUGGAGGACCUGGCCCUGGACCUGGCCCCGGGACUUUCACCAAAUCUGAAUCAAAUGCCAAUGGCAAUCAUAUUGCAACAAUUGAGAUGCUACGCCAGAGGUCUCAAAUUUUAGCCCUGCGCUUACAACAGACGCAAGGUAAUAUGACAAAGCCCAGAAAUCAAGUCGAAGGGAUUGCAGCGGCAGCCCAAUUUAUGAGAAUGUAUAUACCCUUACUGCAACCGCCACCGAAUCCUGUUGCAGUUUCUGUGGCUAGUGUUGCUCCAGCACAACAACCGCCAACAGCUGUUGCCAUGCCUGCUACGUCUGCUCCAGGGCAUCCUGGUGGUGGUGGCUGUGUGAUUGGGGAUCGCAUAGUUUGUUUGCAGCCUUCACAUCAUCCAAUGCCCAGACCCAUACCUUUGCCAUAUAAUUAUCCUGUACAUAGCUAUGCCAUGCCUGUGAUUCAAUCACUGUCAUCGGUUGCGCCGCCGCCAUUUCCUCCAGUAACAGCAGCCAAUGAAAUGUUCGAGCCACAACAACAAGCAGCACAGCAUUCUUCUCAGGCUCUACAGGUGGCUCCAAUUCCAACGCCGAAGAAGAAAAAAUCGAAACGCACUCUCAAUCAUGAGGUAGAAGCUCUCAAAGAACUUGUCCAGAAACUGACCGCUGUCAAUCCUGAAUUGCAUGCCUAUGCCCAAUAUCUUAUACGCCAAAGCAAGAUUCUUAGCCAAUUGGAAUGGAUGACGCCUGGUGAACGGGCACGUUUGGAUAGCCUUCACCGUAUGGAUGGUGGUAGCGAUAUGCGACGCUUAUCUGAAAUUUCAAGCAAUAGUAGCAACAGUAUCCAGCAGCAUCAACAACAUCAACAGUUGCAAGCUUAUCAUCAUCAACAACAGCAGCAGCAUCAGCAACAACAACAUCAACAACUGCUCCAGCUGGAAAGCGCUCGCAAGCGUAACCGUAGGAGAAGAGGUAAACCCCGUAAGAAUGCUCCACGCUCACUUAAGACCGAACUCGAUGCCAUGCGCUCAUAUAUCAACAAAAUUGUCCAAUAUUAUUUGGGCACAGAUCAUGCGCUGGCCACCGAAUUGCAAUUCACUGGAGAUUUCACUGAUCUAGAGGCACAUGCCCAACGUUUGGUCGCUGCCGGCUAUGGCCGAAUUGUGGAGGAGGAGAUACGUAUUAAUCGUAAGAAUAAUCGUCAGGCCUUUAUCACAUUAUCUGCGGAUCGUGAGGCUCUUGAGCGAGACGCCAUUGUCCUGAUGCCAGUGGCCAGACGUUAUGCCUUCGAGGGGGAUACGGUCAGGGCAUUUGUUCUUAAUAUUUGCGCCACAGUUAGUAAACCAGGUGAAACAUCUGUAGGGAGCAGUGGUGCAUCUGGCGGCAAUCCUUCUCUAUCACUUGCUGAUGAUGAAGAGCUAUCUGAUGAAACUGAAUCACAGGAAUCGGAUGUCGAUGUAGAUGGUGAUAAUGUGGUGAUCAUAUCAUCAGAUAAUUGCCCCAAGGCUUUUGUUAUAGCGAUUACUAAGCAAACGGAAUUGCGUCAAAUAGUUGGAACCAUUUCAUUUACAAAUCCCAUACAACUUGGUGACGAUGACAAAUUAUUUUAUAAAUUUCGUCCCUAUGAUAUGCGUGUACCCAUGGUGUAUAUAGCCCAGGAGGCGUGCGCCGCUCACAUAGCAAAUUGUGCUACGAGUAGCAAACAACCCGAAGAUAUUUGUGGCCUACUCUUUUUGGCUCAUAUCUUGGAAACCGAUCGCAAUGGCCAUUGUAUUGCGGAUCUUAUACAACCAGUGGGACGUGUUGGUAAUCUUGAGGAUGAGCUUAAAGCAAUACUCUUUCACAAUGGCUUGCGUGACAUUAAGCCGUAUAAGCAACAUUUUGAAGAUCUCUUCAGCGAAGAGGCACCGCCAGUGACUCCAAACGAUUUACAUAAUCGCUGCGACUUGCGCACGAAAUGUAUUUUCACUAUUGAUCCAUUGACGGCACGUGACUUAGAUGAUGCAAUGUCAAUUGAGAAGCUCGAUGAUAAUGUAUUUGAGGUUGGUGUUCACAUUUCGGACGUAUCACACUAUCUGCUCGAGGACGGCGAGCUGGAUAAUAUUGUUAAGGAGCGUUCGACAUCAAUUUAUUUGGUUAAUCAAGUCAUACAUAUGCUGCCACGGGCCCUAUGCCUACGAUGCUCACUGCUACCGGGCAUUGAUAAGUUUGCGUUUUCCGUAUUUUGGAAAAUGAAUGCAAACGGACAGCUUCUGUGCCCAGAGCCAGUUUUCACGCGCUCAGUUAUCAAUUCGUGUACACAGUUUGCCUAUGAGCAUGCCCAGAAGAUCAUUGACAAUCCGCAUGAAAAUUUCGCUGACGAUGAUUUUCCCAGCAUUCUCAAUGGCUUCCAUGUGGAGGAUGUAAUGGAGCGUGUUCUAUGGCUGCAUAAUAUUGCCCAAAAUAUGCGUAAAGCACGCUUCGAGCAGGGUGCCCUUACAAUAAAUAAUGCCAAGUUGCGUUUCACACUCGAUCCGCUGAAUGGUGAGCCCAUAUCAUUUGAGGUAGAGAAGCAACGUGAGGCUAAUCGCAUGAUUGAGGAAUUUAUGUUGUUGGCCAAUCAAUCGGUUGCCCGUCAUAUACAUACAAAAUAUCCUGAAAUUUGUGUACUACGUAAUCAUCCGCCACCUUUGGUUAAAUCAUUGAAAUCGCUUCGUGAGAAAUUUGUUGCCUUGGGCUUUGAUUUGGAUUAUAGUUCAUCGAAGACGCUCCAAGAGAGUAUGGUACGAUUAUGCCAGGAGGCACCGGAUCCCAUUGCCAUGAAUGCUUGCCUCAGUCAAUUGCUAAUGAAGCCCAUGGCCAGGGCAAGUUACUUUUGCAGUGAAGGUAAGACCGAACCAUCGGAUCUUUGGCAUUAUGCUCUGUCCAUACCGAUUUACACUCACUUCACUAGUCCCAUACGUCGCUAUCCAGAUGUUAUGGUGCAUCGUUUAUUGGCUGCAUCACUAAAUUAUUGCCCAACGCCUGGCCGUACGCCAGAGGAAUUGCACUCCUUGACCAAACUUGCCAAUGAACGAAAAUAUAAUGCUAAACUGGCUGGCGAUGAUUCAGGAAAUUUGUACUUCAAGCGUUAUGUACGCAAUAGACAAGGCAUAUAUAUGUAUGCCGUUGUCAUUGAGAUUUUUCAGCAUAUAAUGAAUGUUGUGACUCUCGAAUCGGGCCAUGUCAUAAGCAUUAAUUAUAAAAUGCAAAAGGUUUUAGUGGAGACGCAACAUGCCCCGAAUUUCAUAUUGGUAGCGGAUCGCAAUCACAAACAAUCGGCACAAAAAUUACAAUUGCUUUCGGUGGUACCAAUACGUCUAAUUGUUUGGGAUAACAAGCUAACUGGAUUUUUGCUAACCGCCGAUCAGCAGCGACAGCGUAACUUUAAGAAUGGCAAUGCCGGUGCAGCGACUGUUGCGGUUAGCAGUGGUGGUGGUGGUGGUGGUGCUAUUGGUGGUGCUAAUACUGCGACUGUUGCUCCUACUGGUGACUUGAAUGAAUUGAAUGGUUUAAUUGGCGGCACAUCACGUAGAAAUAGGCAAAAGCCGCAUCGUUCUAAUAAUGCCAAUACCAGUGCCAGUAAUGCGUAUACAACAAUUCGAUAUAGACCACAACAACAACAACAGCAGCAACAACAACAACAACGCCAACAACAGACACAAUUGCAACAACAACAGCGCAAAAUAUCCUUUAACUAA